AUGUUUAUUACAGCGAGGCCCCGAUUUGUCUCGAAUACCUUCGAAACCUUUGUCCCGCACCAGAAAGCGGAGCCGAUGCAUCAAAGGCUUGUUGAGAUGUCGAACAACGAAGUGAACGCUUGGAAUACAUUCAGGCCUGUGGCCACACCAGCAAAUGACAACUGGGAUCAACAAAUCGACGGCUUCGGUAACGAAAAUUUCCCAGGACACAACUUGAAUGGUCACUAUUUUCAAGAUACGUCUUCUGUUAUUCGCUCUGAAGUCGUCUCCUUAACAAAAGGCACCGCCUACACAGCUUCAUGCCGAAAUGAGGCCGUGUCUCACAAAAGACCGUCGGUAUCUCAGCAGAGGCAUCAAGAGCUAGAUCCGGGCAUGAAUUGCUUCGAGAAAUGCAGUGGAGUUGUUGGAGAAUCAUAUUUCCAAUGGGGGAUAGGAAAUGGACGAGAUAAUUUUGCAACACUGCCAAAUGCACAAGGUCUGGACGGCCCUUCACCCAAAACUUCGGACGGCGAGUACACCAGAUAUAUAACAGCUCCGUCCCUGGCGCACCAGCGAGCAUCUUAUCCCGACGACACCACCUCCCUAAAUUCUUGGGAUGGAAUGGGAUAUGGAUACAGUAGCUACGCGCCAAAUGGGUCUAUUGACACACAGCCUCCAGUUAGCUUCAAUAUGUCGACUAAUUCCGGCAGCUCAGCAAAGUGCGCAUGGUGGCCAGAGACCUCUCACAGCUCAGGUGACCAAUAUCAGAACAUAUAUGGACUCCAGCCAAAUCACAAUGGCCUACCGGAUGUCCGAAGUUAUUCGGAUGUUUGGCAUGCUGGCACUAAUUCAUCAGACAAGUGGAUGUCUCAAGGUAUUAGCCCAAGCACUAUCUCGCCAAAGUUGUUGACUUUGGGGGUCUCCUCUGCCGCACUAUCCUCAGCAGGAUCGAGUCAAGGUACAAUGACGGACUCGAGUGCCGCUAGUACUGCAGAGAAUGAAUCAGAGAGCUCGGAUUCGGAGAUUUUGGAUGUUAACCAACGGCCAACGGCUAUUCGUCCUGUUCGUCAGAAGCUCCCAAACACCAGGCCAGACUCCCACAAAGCGACCUCGACACUGCCCAAUGAUGGCCUGACUUCAGCCAAAGCCAACAAGAAACAUCCUCCAAAGGGACAAUCAGGCAAACAGAAGCUAUCGCUUGCUAAGAGGAUUGAGCCGAUAUCCUCUUCAUCAGUAGUUUCCCAAACCUGGACUGAAUCCCCACAGUCGGCGAUGAUGGCUCAAGCCACGCACCAUCGAGAAGCCAAGGACGAUUUCCUUGUCAGGUCCAAACUAGCUGGAAUGUCAUAUAAAGAGAUACGCCGGCUAGGAAAAUUCACUGAAGCAGAAUCAACAUUAAGAGGGAGAUUCCGCACUUUGACGAAGCACAAAACCGCUCGGGUAAGAAAACCGGAAUGGAAUGAAAAUGAUAUUCGGCUGUUGAGAAAGGCAGUCCGCAAAUUUGCCCAAGAUUCUGAUCCUUUGCGACGCAAAAUUCCCUGGAAACUAGUCGCCGAGUACAUCGCCAACAAUGGAGGGUCGUAUCACUUUGGGAAUGCCACCUGCCGGAAGCGUUGGGAUGAGCUUCAAGACCAAUCUUGA